GGGCGGUACUUGGUAAGUGACUGCGUAUCAAUUCAUUGUGCAUUGUGCGACCGGAUGCAACGAGCGUGUUCGACAGAAAAUUCCGAGUAUUUAACUUGUGAAAACCUGCAUCGCCCGUGUUUCUUUGGAGAAUCCUACGCCUCGAAGCGCUCGAACUUUUCAUUUCCAGCAUCUCUCUCACGCGUACCCCGCAUUGACAUUUUUCCUUACACUCGAGAGACAAGAUCGUCCUGCCUGCGAUGUCGACCUCUAACGGUCAUGUUGAUGCGACCGCCACAGUGACGAAUGGCACCUCCGGCUCAAGCACAAACUCUUCGGAGCUCCAGCCCGCAAAGUCCAACAUUGGCGUCUUCACAAAUCCGAAACAUGACCUUUGGGUGGCGGAAGCGUCACCGACCCUCGCAGAAGUCAAAGAUGGAAAAGACCUAAGAGAAGGGGAAGUCUACAUCGGCAUCAAGAGCACAGGGAUAUGCGGUUCAGACGUGCACUUCUGGCACGCAGGGUGUAUAGGUCCUAUGAUUGUCACGGACGACCAUAUCCUGGGCCACGAGUCCGCAGGCGUAAUAUUAUCCGUCCACCCCAGCGUGACGACUUUGAAGCCCGGCGAUAGAGUGGCCAUAGAGCCAAAUAUCCCGUGUUUCAAGUGCGAGCCGUGCUUGGCCGGAAGAUACAAUGGAUGUGAGAACGUGGAGUUUCUUUCCACACCGCCUGUGGAUGGCUUGUUGAGGAGAUACGUCAAGCACCCUGCUGUGUGGUGUCACAAGAUCGGGGACAUGAGUUACGAGAAUGGAAGUCUACUGGAGCCACUCUCCGUCGCUUUAGCAGGGAUGGAUCGCGCCGGCGUUAGGCUUGGAGACCCCGUGCUGGUCUGUGGUGCAGGACCCAUUGGCUUGGUUACACUGUUGUGCUGCGCGGCUGCCGGUGCAUGUCCCCUCCUGAUCACCGAUAUCGAUGAGGGGCGGUUAAAAUUUGCAAAAUCCCUCGUGCCACGAGUCACCACAUUCCAGGUCCCCAGAGUGUCUGCAGAGGAAUGCGCCGAGCAGAUCGUUUCCGCAAUGGGCGGCAUCCGGCCUCGCGUCGCCAUGGAGUGCACCGGCGUCGAAUCGAGCGUCAAUGCGGCGAUCUGGUCAGUCAAAUUCGGCGGCAAAGUCUUCGUGAUCGGCGUCGGCAAGAACGAGAUGACGAUCCCCUUCAUGAGGCUGUCUACGCAAGAGAUCGACCUCCAGUAUCAGUACCGGUACAGCAAUACGUGGCCGAAGGCGAUCCGGCUGGUGGAGAGCGGUGUGAUUUCGCUAGAGAAAUUGGUCACACAUCGGUUCAACAUGAGCGAUGCGGUCGCUGCUUUCCAGACGGCGAGUGAUCCCAAGAGCGGCGCCAUCAAGGUCCAGAUCAAGAACGACGACAGUUUAUAAUCAGGGCAGGCUAGUUAGUACCGAGGGCCGUUUAGGAGUUGCAGGGGGGCAUAGGUCACAAACGGCACACCGACCACAUUGAAAUACAGGUAGAUGGUCGGGAAAGCUGUGAUAGAGCACAUUGUCCACCAUAAACUGUAGCACUCGAGCUUUGUUCCUAUCUCACAGGACGCCAUGGGUACUUCUAUAUACGAUACCUGCCCAAUUCCC